UCGCACUAGUUUGCACCAUGAUUGAUUUUCUGCCCUAUACUCAUUUAUGUCAUGACUUUUUAGGUUAAGUUCGGACUUCUGUUUAUUUACUAUUAUGAAAAUUUUAAAAUAAGUUAAAAAAAAAAAUGAAGCGCAAUUCUGAGGAAAUGGAUAUGGGAGAUAAUUCUUUAACAUCAUUGGAAGGUUCCUCUGCCCCAAAAAGAGCAAAAGAAAAUCAAGAGGAAAAUAGUUUAUUGCAUCUUACAAUGGAUAUAGAUUCCAGAGACGAACCAGUGGCCUCAGAGCAAUCGCUUUUGAACGUAUUUAAGAAAUUUGUUGGGGCAGGCCGUCACAGCAUGGUAGAGAGGGAUCCCAACCCAACAGGUCACCCACUAGUUAAUUCCAACUAUGUAGGCAAACAAUCCCAUUAUGAAAUGAUGGACUUGGAAGCUGACACAUCAAAUGCCUCACAAUUCAUAGUUGCCAAUAUGGGUAAUAAGGUUGACCAAAUAGGCAGGCAGAUGAAGAAUUUACAUGAGAACCUUAGACAGGUGAUGCAGGACUCUUUAAGGGACAGCCAAUUGCACAUGGCGGCUUGUAAUUUUGUUAAAAAGCCUGGGCAGGUUUAUCACUUGUAUGAACGGCCUUCGGGACAAAAAUAUUUCAGCAUGUUGUCACCACAGGAUUGGGACGGCAACAGUCCUCACAAGUUUUUGGGCAGUUGGUAUCUGGAAGCGGAUCAGAGUUGGACACCAGCAGAAGAAAGACAUGCCAGAUUUGAAGGAGUUACUUUUAUUAAGAAAUUAUUGCUAGAUUCCAAAAAUAAGUCUAUACAAUAAUUUUAAUAUGUAAUAAGGAUAUGAAAAAUAAAGCGCUAAAUUUCAA